GAUUUAUUUUCCCUAACUUUGCUUCCUGAUUGAGGCAAUAAGUCGAACACAACAUUGGCCGUUGACGUUUAUUGUUUGUAGCUAGUAAUUAUCCAGAUACACGGCACAUCGUCUUCCCAAGAAGAAUCGAUCACUAUUUUAACGUAGCCUGAGUUGUUGGGAGGAACUUCAAGAAUUGUGGAGGAGAGAUGGGCCGGUCUUUUUUCUACAAGGAAUUUCUCGCAAUCGCAGUAAUGGUCUCAGUGGAAUGCACUCAUGUUGCGGUUAAUACUCUGUUCAAAGCAGCCUCUUUGAAAGGGUUGAGCUACUACGUCUUCGUCUUUUACUCCUACGCAAUUGCAUCUCUUAUUCUCAUCCCUGUACCCUUUUUCUUUCGCAGCAUCCCAGUUCCUCCAUCAAUGAAGCUGCCUCUUCUCCUCAGGAUCUGGGUUCUUGCAUUUAUUGGGUUUAUAUCUCAGAUCGUUGGAACUAAAGCUAUAGAAUACAGUUCACCAACUCUUUCUUCAGCAAUGAGCAACCUAACGCCAGCAUUCACAUUCGCUUUGGCCAUUAUUUUCAGGAUGGAAAAGCUAGUGAUCAGAAGCUCAAGCACACAAGCUAAAAUGAUUGGAACCUUUGCAUCAAUGGCUGGGGCAUUGGUGGUUGUUCUCUACAAAGGCCCAAAAGUUUUAUCUACUGUAUCUUCUAGACUCUCCAAUUUACUUGAUCCGCCUGUGGGCUCACCAAGUUCAGAUUGGGUUAUCGGCGGCCUCUUGCUCGCUGCACAAUCAUUUCUUUGUUCGCUUUGGUACAUCCUUCAGACUCAUAUUAUGAGCAUAUGUUCAAAAGAGCUACUUGUGACCUUCAUCUACACGUCGUUCGUCACCAUCAUAUCCGCUCCUGUGUGCUUUGUUGCUGAAAGAAAUUUGGACGCGUGGCAGCUGAGACCAGAUAUAGCAUUAGUCGCUAUUGUUUUCUCGGGUAUUUGUGGGCAAUGCUUUAGCAGCAUAGUUCACUCAUGGGGACUACGCUUGAAGGGGCCUAUUUAUAUUGCAAUAUUCAAGCCAAUGUCAAUUGCUAUUGCAGUUUUUAUGGGUAUCAUAUUCCUUGGUGAAGCUCUCCAUCUUGGAAUAAUCAUUGGAGCUUUAAUAAUAUCAAUGGGCAUUUAUGCCGUAUGCUGGGGAAAAGCAAAUGAAGAAAAAUUGAGCGAGAAUAAUGGGUUUGGUAACCUAGGACAGCCGCCCACUGAAAAGGUCCCUUUCUUGCUGACGUCCACCGAGGAUGUGUAAUUUUUAAAAAAAUUACUAUUUAGUCCUUGUACUUUAAUAAAAUUAACUUUUUAGUUUCUUUAUGUUUUAUAAAAAAUAAAAAGAAUUAUUAUUUAGUUCAUGAGAAAACUCAUUAUAGUU